UGGGAUUUCGCUCGCUGACACACGAAAGCGCGCGAGUGGCUGCCUGAAGUCACGCGUCUCGGUACGAAUACCAAAUGCAAUUUCCCAUCUUCAUCUCAAUCAACGUCCAUCGCGAUUACGAUUGUACGUUGUUUUUGCUUUCCGAUGGAUCCCCAGCCAGACCAGGAACGCGCCGCCAGCACGCCAGCCACUGAACGGACACCGCUCCUGCCACAAAAUGGAUCAAGACCACCAACCCGGCCAGUGCCACGCGCCGUGAUCGCCGGCCACUGGGUGACAGCGCUGGGUGGAAUCUUGGCCAUCAGCCUGGCAGUCGCGGUUUAUGCAAUCAACCAAUACAACAGCCCGCGGGUGUACCACUUGAUCUGGACAAUCCAAGACAACAUCUCCCCCACUCUCUUCGCUGGAAUCCUUUCUGCAUCAUGGGCUAUCGGCAAUCUGGUGCGCGUCCGCCGGGUCGGAGUGCUGAUGCCGGCGCUGGUAGCGGCGAUAAUACACGCCGGCCUAGCAAUGUUUUUCGUGAUGACGUCCAUUCAAGCUGCCGAUACCCUUCUCCAAGUCCGCCCGUGCCGUGUAUAUGGUGAUGUGGGGGACGACGAGAGAUUCCUUAGAUGCGAGCAGUGGGCGGCGAAGUUCCAUAUCCUCCUGUGGACGUAUCUGGCUUCGGCGUUUCUUCUUGGAUGUGCUCACGCGGUCCUCUUCGUCUCAUCCUGCGCGUCUCCUUUCCGGGAUCCCUCAUGGCGACGGAAUCUUAGCACCUGGAGGUUCCCGACUGGCCAGCUGACGGUUGAGUUCACUGUUAAAUUUCUACGGCAGGAGCAACCAUCUGGAGCUGCUCAAAAUGCGGCGCCGGCCAUCAACGAGGCCGCUACGUGAAAUCUGGAGGGAGAUAAAGUUACCUGUACGAGUCGGGCGGUAACCACCUGCCUACUAAGUUGAGAGUGUCGAAUGCAAGAUGCGCAAUUAAUAUCACACAUGGAAAGCUGA